GGCUGCGCAGGCUCUAAGACUCUCUCUCACACACACAGAUCGACAUAUACAGAUCAGAUACCUGACAGCAGCUGACUAACUCAGGAUGGUGAAGAUGUCAGGAAGAGUCACCAGUUGCUGUGUGGCUCUGUUCUUUGCCUUGACCUCUGUGACAGCUGUAGAAAAACUCAAUUCAAUCAAUGAUUUGAAGAAAAUCAAUUUUGGAAAAGCUGUGCCCAAGCACAGUCUUUUGCUGCUCCACUGGUUUGCCAACACAGUUGAUAUCAACAAUAACAAUAUCAUACAGCUGACCUUUGACCUAAACAGAGGAGAUUAUGGCUCACAUCAUUAUGGCAACUUUGAGGGGCUGUUGGACCCACUGCCUCGGGGAAAUGGAUACAGAUACUAUACUAUUGGCAACCUCAAUCAAGAAACGUCCAUGCCACUUCCAUCUUAUGUUGUCCACCCCCAAAGGGAGUAUAUGGGAAGAAACAGAGACAGAAUCAUCAUUCGUGUCAGGGAGCAGAACACAGGAUGGGGAGCUUUGCCAAGGAUAGACCAAGUGUACAUCACACAGCAUUAUGACACUUCUGAGAAUCAGGGUACACCUUAUGAUCCAGCUCAUACCUACCAGAUCACUACUGACCUCUUGAGACAGAUCAGAGAUUUUUCUGCAGGACAAAACCAACAGCAACUCUUGCAUCUGAGAAACCGCUAUGGAAGUAACGCUGAUGAUUUCCUGUUAAGGGACAUCAGAAUAACAUGGGGGGACCUUGCUUGCCUUGGACUGCUGCUGUUUAUUGUGAUCCAGGAAAAGCACUCCUUCAACCAACGCAAUAACAGACCCGAAAACAACUCCAGACCGGUAAACUACCCCAGACAUGAAAACAGAAGAAAUGAUUGGGUUGACGGUGCUUCAGAGAGAUGGACCAACAUUCCCAGAGAUUUUAGAGGCCAAAGUGACGUUGUAGUGGAUUUCAACAAUGAUGAGGACCAUGAUGCCAGCAGCAUGACUUGGAGCAGAGAAUCAGGCAGUGAAUACAUCUCAUUACCCCGGUGCAACAUCAGGAGGUUGUUCUGUAUUUUAUGUAUCGCAGCCUUAGGUUUAAUUUUAUUGGGUAUUGCGUUAUUUUUUUCUCUAAGAGACAAUAAAACUUUAUUUUAGUUCAGUCAAGAUUGAGAUACAGGCUUGGGAUUAACAUGCGUGUGAUAAAAGCCAAACACUUCAAAUGGCAGAUUUCAGACUCUGUGCUAUGAAAGGCUGAGAGUCUUCAGGACAUGUGAAGCUUCAUAGCUCUCUUUACUAAAUUGCACUUUGUUAAUAAAAGCAGAAAUUGUUCAUUAUUACAAAAGUAUUUGAACUAGGCAAAAUGGCUUUUACUGUUUAUUACAAUGCACUAAUCUGGCAAGAUCAUAAAGCUUCAGGCUUCAUCUGUGUCACUUUCUAGCAAGUAUAAUCUAAUAGUAUUGACAUCCUGCUGAUUGAUCCUGUGUCUGAGACAGAAUGUAAAUUGUUCUCAUGGAUAAAUGAAACUGAUAAGUGAACGGCUCUAUGACUGUUAA